ACAAUGCAGCGGUGGUUGCCUGAGCCUAAGAUCGGGAAGGGGGCUGAGGGUCUCGAGUCGGACGAUUCAAAGACGAAAGCAAGCAAACCGCUUAGCUUCAUCCUGGCUUGUGCUCUGUCUGAAGGUGCUCCAGGAAUACCUACUGCGCGGAUUCGAAGGGGCGGGGUCAGAACCUCGGAGCGUUCGAAGGGGCGGGAUAUGGCCUGGGGUGGUUGCUGAAGGCGGUGGGCUGGUUGCGUUAUCAGGGCCACAAAGUUCCUACUUGCCUGGAUACCCUGUUGUCAUGGAGCUCACGACUAGCAACAUUCAGGUGUUGCUUCAAGCGGCCGACUACUUGGAGCGCAAAGAGAGAGAAGCCGAACACGGCUAUGCUUCUCUCUCGCCUUACUGCGGGCAAGAUGCGUUACAGUCGCAGAGGAGACCGAAAACGCGAAAGGCCCUGAGGACCCUCCGGUCUGUACACAAUGAUUUGGAGAAACAUAGAAGGGCCCAGGUACGGCAGUGUUUAGAACAGCUGAAGCAGCAGAUCCCCACAAACACAGAGCAUUCCCGUUGCACGAUGCUCAGUCUCCUGCACCAAGCCAGAUUGCACAUUAAAAAACUAGAACAUCAGGAACAGAAAGCUCAACAAGUGAAAGAGAGGCUUCGCCGUGAGCAGCAGAAUCUGCACCAGCGCUUAGAAGAGUUACAGGGCCAUAUGAAUAUGGAACAUACACGAGCAGAUAGUCUAGAUUGUUCUCAGUUCUCCUUUGAGCGCUCUGACUCAGAAGAUGCUGAAGUGGAUGUAGAAGGCCUGGUACCUACCAGCAUUGGAGAAGAUGUCAUGGCUGCCUUCAGUACUCAGCAGGAGCACAGCUAUUCCAAUGUCAGCAACUUCUGGUUAUGGACGGAAGUCCAGUUAGGAGGACAGCUUUCAUCUAGACAAGCUUCAAGCCUUUCAACAAUUCUUUCGUGGCAGAGUAACUGAUACAUGGUUUAUAAGACUGUUUUCUGUAAGUAAAGAGGAACCUUUCUUGCUGCAAAGGACAGUGCACCUCCUGCUCAUCAAACCAAGUCUUGCACCUCCACCUUCUUCACAAAACCAACUAGGGUAAUUGCCAAGAGACUUAUAUAGAAGCUGGCUAACUUUCCUUGGUAAUGUGUGGCAGGAGGAGGAAGAGUGAGGCUUCAAAGCAUUUGACCUACACCUGCUAUCUUGAAAUAUAGAAUGGGUAGGUGCGUCUUAUAUCCCAUACUGAUAAAAGUUUAUGGAGCAGAUGAGCUCAUUCUGCAGACUUGGGUUGGUAAGGAUUCUCAAUUAGGCCCAGAAUUGAUCAUAGCAUAGUUAUUCCUUCUCUUUUUAAACAAAAGAUAUACUUAGCUUUGAUCUGCUGGAGGAUUAAAAAAUCCAUACCAGAAUAGGUAAAUGUUAUGCUCAGCUGUUUUAUAUGAAAUGGGUUCUGCCACUGUUAAAUUGACUAUGGAAUAAUAGUAAAGCUUUGCUUCAAGAGACUUUUGCCAUUGCAAAAUCCAGGUUUUUCAGAUCUUCCAUUUCCUUUUAAGCAAUCCACCAUAAGAUAUACUCAGUGGUGUUUUGAUAUUUUUAAUUGUAACUUAAGCACAGAGUAAUUUGUAAUGUUUACUAACUAGUAGCUACCAAUCCUCUUUGAGUUCUUAU